AUGGAGAAGGUUAGACCACUUGCAGUAUUACUGGGGUAAGUUUAGGUUGUCUAGUUAUAUGUUUGUUCACUUUUAAUUCCAGACGGACGUUACCCACAAGGCCAAUAAAUUUUUCAAGGCUUGCCUCAUCCAAAGUAAGUUAUUAUUACCUUGUUUUUAUUCCUCCGAUUAGAGUAAUAUCUUCAACACUAUUAGCCUUAGUGAGCCUUUGCCUGGCUACGAAAAGGUGGUGUGCAUUGAUAAUAAGACAGUGAAACUAUACAACGCCAAGAUUACCAAACUAGAAAGUGGUCUUACAGUGGUUACUGAACCGGCGUUUGGGGAAUAUUGCACACUAGGCGUGGCCAUUAAUGCAGGGCCGAGAUAUGAGACGCAUUAUCCGUGGGGCGUCAGUCAUUUUAUCGAGAAGUUGGCUUUCAACGUAAGCUCAUUAAAUUUAGCUUUUAAUUCAUUUUUUAGACAUCAGAAAACUUUACCGAUCGAGCCCAUACCUUCCAGCUGAUAGAGGAUUGUGGAGCUUUAGUUGAUUGUCAGUCAACGAAAGAUACUUUCAUGUAUGCAGCUUCUUGUCGGACAGAAUCGACUGGAGAAAUGACACGGCUCAUUGCGGACACUGUACUUCGACCUCUUAUAGAUCUGGAGGAAGUUCGGUUUACAUCUGACGUUAUCCGAUUUGAGAACGAAGCCAAUAUUAGGAAACCCGAACCUGUGGAGUUACUCAUUGAUUGGGUUCAUGAAGCUGGAUUUAAAGGAAAUACGAUUGGAAUACCAAAAUAUUGUAGUAAUGAAGAGGUCGAGAAGAUCGGAAGAAGGGAUAUUUUGUCAUAUAUGAGUCAGUACUUCCGUCCGGACAGAAUGGUUCUUGGAGGUGAGACUUGUACUGUUUAUAUUGGUCAUUUUUUAGGAAUCGGAGUUGAUCACGAUUUCCUUGUUAGUCUUGGGAAACAAUUUUUGGAUCCGACGGACACAACAUGGGGAAAACACCCUUCCCAACUCCACAAAGACCUUCCUGUUGUCGACAAAUCUUUAGCUCAAUACACAGGGGGUAUUUUCAAAUUAGAAAAAGAUUUGUCCCAAGUCUCCUUGGGACCAACUCCGUUCCCGAAUCUUGCGCAUUUGAUGAUUGGAUUUGAAUCUGUAUCCACUUCACAUCCGGAUUUUGUUGCCUUCUGCGUUCUACAAUCAUUGCUCGGUGGCGGCGGAAGUUUCUCAGCGGGUGGCCCUGGAAAGGGAAUGUUUUCAAGGUUGUAUGCUGAUGUUAUGUACAGGUGUGUCUCUUUAUAGAAUUACCCUUCUUUAGAUAUCAUUGGUUUUAUAACGCAACUUCGUUUAAUUUCUCUUAUAUGGACACCGGAAUAUUUGCCGUUCGCGCGAGUGCGCCACCGGAAAAUGUAAUAAGUUACCAUACGACAAACUUUUCUGUAUUAUCGUUGUAGCUCCAUCAGGCCGCGAUUGUGAUCAUGGAAGAGUUCCUUCGACUGACAAAAAGUGACGUUGCGACGGAAGAAUUGGCCAGGGCUAAGAUUCAAUUGAAGUCGCAGCUUUUGAUGAAUUUGGAAAUCAAACCAGUUAUGUUCGAGGAUAUGACAAGACAAGUGCUGAAUCAUGGACACAGGAAGCAUCCUCAACAGUACCUCGAAGAAAUCGGUAAGAACUUUGGCAGCGGCUACAUUUUUUAUCUUUAUACGUCUCCCAAAAAUAUGUUUAUGAUUUCAGAUAAAGUCACGCCCAAGGACAUCAAUCGAGUAGCCCAACGAAUGUUGUUGAGUAAGCCCUCCAUCGUCGGCUAUGGCGAUUUACAAAGACUUCAAUCAUAUGAACGCUUUGAUCAAGCUGUUGCUCAACGAUCCGUCAAGACACUGUCAGAUUAG